AUGGAUUUUGAAACAGUUCGCAAUCAUUAUGGUAGUGUGAUUGUUCUUAUUACAUUUUUAAGUCGAAUUAUAUUUGUUGGAUUUUGUUGGAGUUAUGGAACAGUAAUUGUUCAUUUUAAAAAAGAAUAUCCAAUGAUAUCAGAUACAGAAUUAAGUUGGAUUGGUAGUAUUGGUCAAAGUUUUGGUGGUCUUCUUGCUCCAGUAAUAUUUUUUUUAGUUCGUCGAUAUGGAUAUCAAAUACCAUUUAUUUUUUCACUUGUUACAUGUAUUAUUUCAUUAUUAAUAUCAUCAAUUGUUCAUAAUAUUCAUUGGUUAUUAAUAACUUAUUCAUUUCCAUAUGGUUUUGCUAAUUCAGUUAUUUUCAUUCUUGGUACAUUAAUUUGUGGUCUUUAUUAUCCUAUAAGUCAAUAUUCAAAACAUAUUCUUGUUAUGUGUAUUAUUUCAACAGGUUUUCCAAUGGGUUAUCAUAUAAUGAGUGCUUUAAUAUUUUCAUCAAUUGAACGUUAUGGAUGGCAAUCAAUGAAAAGACAUAUUGCUCUAUUAGAAUUACUUGCUAGUUGUAUACUUGGUCCAAUAUUUACUGCGAAAUAUAUACCAAAUACAACAUCAGAACAUUAUCGUACAACAAUAACAGUUACACAAAAUAAUAAUAAUAAUCGAAAAAUUUAUUUUUCAUUACCAAUUAUUAUUUGGAUGUUAGGAAUAUUUACAACAGUAUCUGCAAUCAACAAUUUUCUUCUUCAUUUACAUAUGUAUUUGGAAUAUUUUGCUAUUCCUCCAGCUCGUGCUGAUCUUUGGUUUCGUUUACAUGGUCUAUUUGAUGCAUUAUUUCGUCUUUUAAUUCCAAUAUUUAUUCAUUUCUAUCCAAUGAAUAUUAUUUAUCUUUUUCCAAUAUGUGUUUUUACUGGUUUAAUUUUCUUAUUAUUAAUAUUUGGUCUACUCUAUACAAGUAUAAAUGCAUUAGCAGUUCUACCAAUUAUUUUAUUUGGUUUUACAUCAGCUGUUACUACAUCACUUCAAUAUACAGUUUCGAAUCAAUUAUUCGAAAGUGAUCAAACAGAACAAGGUUAUAUCUAUCAUGUAAUUAUUACAAGUCUUGGUUUAAUUUUUGGUCCAGUAGUUGGAGGUAUAUUUUUAGAUAGAACAAGAAGUUAUAAAUCGAUCAUUCUAACAUCAAUAGUUUUUCUUUGGAUUAGUUUUAUUUCAUUUGGUAUUACGAUUUUAUUAUCGAAUAAGAAGAAGAAGAAUAAUAAUGAAUCAGAACAGAAUCAAAUUUCUACUUUAUAA